AUGGCGACUGUCACCACAAAUUCGGCUCCCGCGACAAACGGCGUCAACGGCCAUGAUCAGACGAAGCCUGAAAUCACCCAACCGGGACCUGGCCUAGAAAACGAAAACGGAAACGAAAACGACGUCAACAUUGAUGAACCGCCUCACAACAAGCCUGACACUACUCAACCAUCCAAUUCAGGCGACGCAAACCCGACUGAACAGGAUGCACCCCGCGCCGACAAUUCGCAAGCGCAGCAAAACGGUGGCAAUUCGUCUCACAAGCCCUUACCAAAGACGAGCACUGGUCUGAAAAACGCCAUCAAAAGCAAGAAGCCGCCAGGAGGUUUCGACAAAACUCCUCUGCCUGAUGCACCUCCAGGCUACACCUUGCGAUUUACAUUUCGUUCCGCCGCCAACUUGGCACCAGCUGACUUGAGCACUGCAUCUUCUGACCCCUUCCUGACGGCAACGCUCAAGGCGUCCAAUCCGAAGAGACAUAAGGAGGAUCCAGACCUGGUCCAUCGCACACGAACAAUUCGAAAAACGACAGAGCCAGAAUGGAACGAAGAGUGGGUAGUCGCGAAUGUCCCCAGAUCGGGCUUCACACUCAAGUGCCGGCUUUACGAUGAGGACGCCGCCGACCAUGAUGAUCGGCUCGGAAACGUCACAAUCAAGGUACCUCAGGUUUAUGAAGAGUGGGAGGGCAUCCCUCCGCCGGGCAAGGAGUUUGAAGGCAAGAAGCGGAUGAUGAGCAAGCGAGCUUUCCUGGUCAAAGGCAUAGCGAGCUUGAUAUACUCUGAUACGCAUUUAGCUCCACGGCUCUGUAUUAGUAUUGAGGUCCUGGGCAAAUCGGACCCUCCGUAUGCGCAAAUGUAUACGGUUGGUCCGACCAUGUGGACGAAGCAUUUUAGUCCUAUGAUUGGGAGACUUGCAGGGACCAAGGUGAAUAAGGAUGAGGAGCAUGAUCAGGAUGGAGGACCGAGUCAACCUGAGAGUUCGGGCAGGGCCGAAGAGAAGAAGAGCCAAAAAUACGACUUCCAAGCCAACGAAAUGCAGCUGCAAGGCCCGGUACCACCCGAGCUGUACCAUCGAUAUGUCGAGUUCAGACCCAUUAUCGGCUCCAUGUUCUCGUCCAAAGGUAUUCGCGGCAAGGUUCUCAACAUGGCAUUACACAAGCAGCACAACCGCGUGUACAACUAUGAUCAAUCCACGGAAUGGGGCGACUUCGAGCCGUGCUCCGACGCGGCUACCAUGGCUCUGCUCCGGCUCGCUCACUUUGAUGAAGGCGGCCGCCUGUUCACCUAUGUCCUCACGCUGGACGGACUAUUUAGAUUCACAGAGACGGGUAAGGAAUUUGGCAUCGAUCUCCUGAGUAAGCACACUAUGCACUCUAAUGUCGAGACGUAUAUCGCCUGCUCUGGCGAAUUCUUUAUACGCCGACUCGAACGACCUGUCGCUUCGGAUGACCCUGAUCCCAAAGUGAAGACGCAUCCUAAGGAGCCUCUUUCCGGGGGUCCUCCUGAGGAUUCGCCCCCUCCUAACCCGGCGUACUAUCAGCUUGUUAUUGACAAUGACUCGGGAACAUACCGACCCGAUAAGUCUAUUCUGCCGAAGCUCAAGGAGUUUCUGGAGAGGAACUUCCCCAACAUGGGUGUCAUUGCUAUGCACUGGGAGGAAGAGGAGCUGCAGAAGUUGAAGGAGAAUCAGCGUGCCACUAAGAAGAGAGAGGGUCGUAUGAUUAAUGUCGUUAUGAAUAGGAGUGUGAGCAGUAUCAGCUCUGCGGAGAGUGAGUUGAAUGAUCGGGAUGAGACCUGGGAGUCUGGUAAGAAGAGUAAGAGGGAGGCUGCGUUUGCUGCAAUUGAGAAUCCGCAUACGUUGAAGGAUGCAAUGAGAGGGUCGAGGGCUGCUAAGACUGAGGUGGCGGCGUGA